AUGUUUGGACAGAGGUUGGGAUGGAGCUCAGUCUUUCAACUUCCAUUUGGUCUCUAUGUGAAACUUAGUCGGACACCUAACGAAGCUUCUGCGAUGGAAUAUGUGCGCACGAGGACCACGAUCCCUGUUCCUGCUAUAUUGGACUGCCCUUAUAGCCGCUGGCUUAUAGUAAUGCGCACGCUUCCUGGCAAGCCUUUCAGUGAAUGGGAAGGCCCAAAGCUGGGUAACGCUCCGAAAGAGCAGUUACAAAAUUUACAAGAUGGCUUGGCUGACUGGGUUAACCAGCUGCGUGCUUUAGCACCUCCGGAUCCGCAUAGAGUCUCCGGCUUCCUUGGCGGAGGUGUCGAAAGCUUCCGCAUCAACGAUUCAUUCACUCCCGUAGGCCCUUUUCGCAAUCCAGCAGAAUUCCACGGGCAGAUUUUCUGUAAAGCGUAUCCAGACUAUCCAGAGCCAGGAGAUGAAAGGCUCAAACGUCUCAUAGCGGAAAGGCCACAUAAAGACUAUAAAUUAUGUUUCACUCAUGGGGACAUUCUGCCGUUCAAUAUUCUCGCCGACGACGAGCUUCGUUUGACAGGCCUCAUCGAUUGGGAAUGCGCUGGAUGGAUGCCUGAAUAUUGGGAAAAGGCGGCGUCGCUCCGCUCUGCGUGGAUCCGUGCUGAACCCUGGAGCAAGAUCAUCCGUGACGGUUUUCCUGAAUACGAAGAUGAUAUGAUUCUUGAAAAACGGAUUCAACUGUGGUUUCAGCCUUGA